AUGCUAGAGGUCUGCAAGGAGAAGCCAGCAAGGUAAAAAUGAGCGGCAAUGAAAAAAAGAAAGCGAACAGGAACACAAGCAACAAAAUCUUUGGUGAGCUCAUACGACAUUUUUUCCAUAAAAUGGUCAAAAUGUGUAACUAGAAAGUUUCACGCUGUGGUCGUGCAAAACAACAGCAAAGAAAUGUACAAUUAAGUGUGCUACACGUGCAAAGUUAGACUAAUUAGACUAAUCUAUUUUUUUGCAGUUCUCGUUGCCGUCGUCAUUUAGCAUUGCUCGAUUUUAUUUUUUGUUUGAGUAAAUUAUAAGUAUAUUAACGAGAGCUUCGCUUUAGCCCUGGCUAAAUUAUAUAUAUUAUGAUAUAAUAAAUUAUAAUAAUAGUAUAACUUAAUACAUUUAUAGCCCUCGAAAAGUGUAAAAAGAUUGCCAUAUGAUUGAAAUUAUUCUGGUACAAGGUUUUUGUCCACUGAAAAUUAAAAUUACUCAAUUUCUUGAUGAUUCCUUCUUAAUAUUUUCUUUUUUUUAUAUCAAUAAGUGCUGGCGAAAAUAAACUUGAAGCAGAGAAACUAUCAGAGAGACUUCAAUGUGCAGUAGAAAACGAAAACAUCAGGUUCGUGAGUUUGUUUUCCCGCUAUCAUUUGUGCAUUUACUUGACUGAUUAAUAAAAGAAGCGCUUUGUUUUUUAAUAUCGUCUGAUAUAUAUUUGCGUUUGUCUUAUCAGACGUGCCGUGAUGUUAUUAAGACGUGGCGCUGACCCUAAUAUCUUGGUGAACGGUUUAAGUGCUCUUCACGUUGCUGUAGGACUAGAGGCUCCUCUUAAUAUCCGCUUCACCCGCCUUCUGUUAGACUAUGGUGGUAAUCCAGAUAUUGCCUCUGCGGAAGGCCUGACACCUAUUCACGUAGCUGCCAUGUGGAACCGUGUUAACUGCCUCAAACUUCUGAUCGACAGGGGAGGAAACCCUUAUCAGAAAGACAAAGACGGUUUGAAUGCAUUAACACUGGCUAGAGAGUUUGAGCACGAUACAAGCGCAGAUACAUCAGACUUCCUAGCAAAGCUUGACGAUCGAAUUACAAAGCAGCUUACAGAAGGUUCUUUAAGCUCACUUUCCCUGAAUUCUAAUGCCGCAUCUGAUUCGAUUUCUUCUCGAGAGUCUCCUCACCAGGGUUGCAAUUUACCAGUUACCAAAAAGGUAUCCAUGCGAACCUUUACCAGGAAGAUAUUACGAAACUUGCGGAGAGCUUCGGAGUGCUUUUGCUGUGGGUUCAGACGAAUUCGCAGGCUAUUUCGUAGCUCUUGA